CUGCCUUUCUCAUUCUUCUUCUACCUACAAAACCUCUCUCUGCCUUUCCUCUCUCACUUCAUUUUUCCCACUCACUCCUUCAUGGCACAUGGUCGCGAACCCCAUUUCUCAAUCCACCCUUCCCCGCCACUACAACACUAGCAACAAACAAAAAGCAUCGGCAAACGACGUCGUUUCCAAAUGGCAUUCCAUUUGGAAAUUAUCAUGCUCAUUCUCAUCUUCAUCGCUCUUGCGCAGCCGAGUGAGCGAGUCAACGCGGAGCCGACUCAGGACAAACAAGCCCUCCUCGCAUUCCUCUCCCAGACCCCGCACGCGAACCGGGUCCAGUGGAACACCUCCAGUUCGGCCUGCGACUCCUGGUUCGGCGUCCAAUGCGACUCGAACCGCUCCUUCGUGACUUCCCUCCACCUCCCCGCCGCCGGCCUCGUGGGCCCCAUCCCUCCCAACACCAUCUCCCGCCUCACGCGCCUCCGCGUCCUCAGCCUCCGCUCCAACGCGCUCGUGGGCCCCAUCCCCUUCGACUUCGCCAACCUCACCUCCCUCCGCAACCUCUACCUCCAGAACAACCACCUCUCGGGCGAGUUCCCCACAACCCUAACUCGCCUGACUCGCUUGACUCGCCUCGAACUCUCCUCCAACAAUUUCACAGGACCAAUCCCUUUCUCCCUCAACAACCUCACUCGCUUAACCGGCCUCUUCCUAGAAAACAAUUCCUUCUCGGGUAGCCUCCCCAGCAUUACGUUAAAGUUAGUUAACUUCAAUGUCUCCAAUAACCGCCUCAACGGCUCCAUCCCCAAAACCUUAUCGAAUUUCCCCGCGACCUCGUUUUCAGGAAACAACGAUCUCUGCGGGAAGCCAUUACAACCAUGCACACCCUUCUUUCCAGCCCCAGCCCCAGCCCCUUCUCCUGUGGAACAACAACAGCAUAACUCCAAAAGGCUUUCUAUCGCUGCCAUUGUUGGAAUUGCCGUCGGGUCUGCUUUGUUUAUACUGUUAUUGCUAUUAAUUAUGUUUCUAUGCUGCCGGCGGAGGAGGAGGAGGAGGAGAGCGGCUAAGCCGCCACAGGCUGUGGCGGCGGUAGCGCGUGGGGGGCCCACAGAGGGCGGAACGUCGUCGUCGAAGGACGAUAUUACGGGGUCAGUGGAGGCUGCUGAGAGGAACAAGCUGGUGUUUAUGGAGGGUGGAGUGUACGGAUUUGGGUUGGAGGAUUUGUUGAGGGCUUCGGCGGAGGUAUUGGGAAAAGGGAGCAUGGGGACUUCUUAUAAGGCGAUUCUGGAGGACGGGACCACGGUGGUUGUGAAGAGGUUGAAGGACGUGGCGGCUGCGAAGAGAGAGUUCGAGGCGCGAAUGGAGGUUGUUGGGAACGUUAAGCACGAGAAUGUGGUUCCUCUCAGAGCGUUUUACUACUCCAAGGAUGAGAAGUUGCUCGUCUACGAUUACAUGGCCGCCGGCAGCUUGUCUGCACUUCUUCACGGAAGCAGAGGGUCAGGGCGAACCCCGUUGGAUUGGGACACCCGAAUGAAAAUAGCACUGGGAGCUGCAAGAGGCCUCGCCUGCCUCCACGUGUCAGGAAAACUGGUCCACGGCAACAUCAAAUCCUCCAACAUCCUCCUCCACCCGACCCACGAAGCCUGUGUUUCAGACUUCGGGCUCAACCCGAUAUUUGCCAACCCGGUUCCCUCAAACCGAGUUGCCGGUUACCGGGCACCAGAGGUUCAGGAAACCAAAAAAAUCACUUUCAAAUCCGACGUCUAUAGCUUUGGCGUCUUGAUGCUGGAACUUUUAACAGGUAAGGCACCAAACCAAGCCUCGCUGAGCGAGGAAGGGAUCGACCUACCACGAUGGGUGCAGUCCGUGGUUCGCGAAGAAUGGACCGCUGAAGUGUUCGAUGCGGAACUGAUGAGGUACCACAACAUUGAGGAGGAGAUGGUUCAGUUGUUGCAGAUUGCGAUGACGUGCGUUUCGCUCGUGCCGGAUCAGAGGCCCAACAUGGAUGAGGUGGUGCACAUGAUCCAGGAUAUUAGCCGAAGCGAGACCACCGAUGACGGCUUACGCCAAUCGUCCGAUGAUCCUUCUAAAGGAUCGGACGGUCACACGCCCCCGCAGGACGCUAGGACUACCCCUAGGUCGGACACGUCGUAGUAGUGAAGCUGUAAAGGCAAAAGAAGAAGAAGAAGAAAAAAAGAAGGAAAAGAAAAAGAAAAAUUCGUUGGAAUUGGAAAAGGAAAAAAAAAAAAAAAAAGGAAACCACGGUGAGUGUGUGUGGGUCAUGAAAAUGUGCAAAGUUAAGUAAAUAAAUGAGUUGUUAAUUAUGGCGAGCGCGGGUGAUUGGGCUCCAGGUGGGGUCCAAUUGAAUGGUUUGUUUUUUGUUAGUUUUUCUUGUAUUUUAAUAUUUUUUUAUUUUUUUAAUUUCAAUUAUUUUUUAGAUGGGGAGUUUGAAUUGUUCAUGAAUACAAGUGUAAGAGGGUUGCUUAGUCAUUUUUAUAGUUUUGUCGAAAUAAAGCUUUCUAAUUGUUUUGAUA